UUACAACUUUAUUUUUGCUGACGACGGAAUCAUCGGAAUCCAACAGACAGAGCCGAUCAUUGUAAACAUGGCUUCGCCAGCGAUUGCAAUCGUGUAUCCCACCCUAAUAGCAUCCUUCGCGUCGAAUCCAAACUACACGUUAUUCGCCGAUGAACGUAAGACGACGUACAUAAUCGACAUCAGCGAACAUGAACUUACACCGACAGACUAUGAGGAACUUGCCCAAACCGCCCUUAAAACAAGCUUCCUGUUAUACACUCGAUAUAAUCCGAAAAUCGGACAGCCGUUGUUCAUUGAUGAUAAAGACAGCAUAAAGAAGAGCUUUUGGAAUCCUGCUCAUCCCACUCGUAUUGUCACUCACGGAUGGCGAGGAGACAUAGAAGCCGGAUCCGCUUGCGACCUGAUUCGAGACGCUUAUCUCAGCAUCAACAAUUAUAAUGUCAUCCUAGUCGACUGGAGUACGCUAGCCGGAAAUCUUUAUUACUGGAAAGUCGCCCGAAGCGUGCCACUAGUAGCGGAACGUGUGACACAAUUAAUAGAUUUCCUGGAAAGCAAAGCUGGUCUAGAUCCUUCCAUAACCAAAAUAGCAGGGCAUUCUCUGGGAGGGCAUAUCGCCGGUCUCGCCGCUCGUAAUGCAAAAAGCAAAAUUGCUGAAUUGAUAGCUUUAGAUCCCGCAAGUCCCUUGUUCAACGAAAAAGGACCGGGAGAAAGAAUCGACAAAUCGGAUGCAGCUCGGGUGCAGGUGAUUCACACGAGUACCCUUGGUCUAGAAGAUCCGUUAGGCCAUGCCGACUUUUAUCCGAACGGCGGCAAGGAUCAACCGGGAUGCAACUUUUUAAGUCUCUCGUGUCCUCACUCGAGGUCUUACGAGUACUACGCCGAGUCCAUCUUGAAUCCGAGGGGAUUCCGUGUCAGGGAGGUGUUCAUGGGUGGUCCAUCUCUCGAUCCGAACGCAUGUGGAGUAUAUACUCUAAAGACUGCCUCACAAUCACCGUUUGGGCUCGGAUAACAAUUGACAUUGUUAUUGCGUUACUAUUUUUAUACUGUACAUACACCUGCGCUAUUAAAAAAUAAAUAUUUUGCGAAGACUUCAAA